AUGGACGUUGAAGAGUUCCGCAAGGCCGGCUAUGCCGCCAUUGACCAGAUCUGCGACUACUAUAACACCCUCCCGGAACGCAAUGUCAAGGCCGAGGUCGAGCCAGGAUACCUCGUCAAGCAACUGCCUAUGGCAUGGCCUAACGCGAGCCAGAAGAAGCGUUUCCAGAAGCCCAGGACAGACAUGUGGCCUACUGGCCUACUGAGCUCUUGGGUGGUUGACCCGGGAGAUGCCCAUGGUCCAGUUGGCGAGGCUGAUGCGUCUUUGUCUUUGCCUUCCCUCCUCGUCUUCCCUCCUCGUCUUCCCUUUGCUCUCUCUCUCACUGCACCUCCUCGUCAUGUACCAGUCGAGAUUGCAGCCGACUUUCAGUCCAAGAUCAUCCCUGGCAUCACCCACUGGCAGCACGGCAAGUUCUUUGGCUACUUUCCUGGCAUUGUGACCUUUGAGUCCAUCCUGGGCGACAUGUACUCGUCGAGCGUGACCAAUCCAGGCUUCAACUGGACUUGCUCACCCGCGUGUACGGAGCUCGAGCAGGUGGUCAUGGACUGGAUGGCCCAGAUCCUCGGCUUGGAUAGCGACUUCCUCACCAGCUCCGGCCACGGUGGUGGUACCAUUGGUAACUCGGCCUCGGAGUGUGCCCUCACGGCCACCAUUGCGGCGCGCGAGCGCGCUCUGCGCACCAUCGCCCGCCAGUCCAACGGCUACUCGGACGCCGACUCGCUCACGCCCAUUGACGUGCCCACCGCCAUUCGUCAGGAGCACACCAAAAAGCUCGUCAUGUACGGCUCGACCCAGACCCACUCGCUCGGUGUCAAGGCCGGUGUCAUCCUGGGCAUGCCCUUCCGCUCCCUCCCGGUUCAUGUCGAGGACGGCUACGCGCUCCGCGGCGACACGCUCAAGAAGGCUAUCGAGGAGGACAUCGCCAAGGGUCUUACACCCUUCAUGGUCAUUGGAACCGUCGGCACGACGUCGUCGGGUGCUGUAGACUACAUUGCCGAGCUCGGCGAGGUUGUCAAGCAAUAUCCUACCAUGUUCAUGCACGUCGACGCUGCUUGGGCCGGUAUCGCGUUUGCCCUCCCCGAGCAGCGCGAGAGGCUGCGCCUGGCCGAGGUGAACAAGUAUGCCGACUCGUUCUGCACCAACGCCCACAAGUGGGGUCUGGUUGGGUUUGACUGCUCACUGUUCUUUGUCCGUGACCGCCGUGACCUGACCGAGGCACUGGAUGUCACUCCGGCAUUCCUUCGCACAAAGGAAGGAGACGCCGGCACGGUGAUUGACUACCGCAACUGGCAGCUGUCCCUUGGCCGUCGUUUCCGCAGCAUCAAGCUGUGGUUUGUUCUUCGCAGCUAUGGUGUCGAGGGUCUGCAAAAGCACCUGCGCAGCGGUGUGAACCUGUGUGGCGAGCUGGCCAAACACAUUGAGCAGACACCCAACUUUGAGAUUGUCACCCCGCCCUCGCUCGGUCUUUUGUCGUUCCGUCUCGUCAAUGACGGCGAAAGGGCGUCCGACGAGGAGCUCAACAAGCUCAACGCCGACCUGAACAACCGCCUGGCGCACCACCCCGAGGUGAUGCUCACCCAAACAUUACUCAAGACGCCCGAGAGCGAGAUCUUUUGUAUCCGCUUUGCAAUCGGUGGACGCACCACGACGCUCGACGACGUCAAGCACGUGUUCAGCGUCGUGGAGGCCGAGGGCAAGGCCGCGCUGAGUGCCUGGAAGGCGUGA